AUGUCUGACGGAACUGAGAAUAAAAGAUCUCUCGAAGAGCUCAGUGAAAGUAAUCAAGUGCUCGGACUAGUUGUACAACGAACAAGACUGGCUGUCAAACGAUUGCGGUUAGAAUAUGGGACUCUUUUGGAACGAUUAGAGAGCCGCGUCGACAAAGAUCCAGAAUUGAGUUACGAAGAUCCGCUACCAUCUUUAGAGAGCUUCAGAACGCAGAUACUUGAAGAUGCUCCAAAAUCUAAAGCCAAGCGCAAGAAGGGCAAGGACCGAGACCCCAAUCUACCUAAGAGACCUACCAAUGCUUACCUGCUUUACUGCGACAUGAAUAAGGAGUCAAUGAAACAGAGCUCGGGCCCUAACGACAUCUCGAAGGCAUUAACCGAUGCGUGGAAGAAUUUAGAUGAAAGUGGCAGGAGGCCAUACUACGAUCUUUAUAACGAGGAUCGUGAAAGGUACCAAAGAGAAAUGCGAGAAUAUGCUCGAAGUAAAAACAAUAUUUCAAAACCUUCAAAAAAGGCAGAUGAGGAUGAUGAGGAUGAAGUUGAAGACGAUGAAAUCGAUUCAGAUGGCACGCAGCCGGACGUAGACGCCACAACAGAUAUUGCAACCAGUGAGGCUUAG